CCCUCAUCCCAGGUCCAGAUUCAUCCCUCUCUUUUCCUCCCUUUCUUUCUUUUUCCCCUCCCACCCUCCAUCCUUGAACCAAGCAUCUCUUUGCUUCCAAAUUGGCUUGUCGUUUUCUCUCAGCGCUCGCUCCAUAGCUGUCGGGUCGCGGCCCUUCAUGCACGGACGAUCUAGCGAUGGACUGGCGCUGAUCUCGCGGAUUGCGCCAUCAUUAGACCCAUUCUGCGCAUCUUCCUCUAGUAAUUCCAGAAACGCACUGAUCGGGAUACAACACACGGGCUCUGAUCCCCGUGUCCACCAUAGAUCCAUUGGGAAAGGGACGGAGGUUACUCGAUAUAUCGCUCUGAGCCUCAGCCUGUGUCUUUGAGGAUUUGAAACCUCAUAAAGGCGCAUCUGGAGACGGAAGAUCCAAGCAUCUUCUGCGCGUUUCUCUGCGUGUUUUAUUCACACACGGACACACUGUCACGGGAAUUAAGGAGCAUACUGAGAUCACACAGCUCGAUGCUGUUGAGCGCAUCCGGAGUCGAUCAUUCCAGCGCUGCAUAAGAUGCGGUGUGUGUGUCAUAGAGGAACUCCAUGGAUCUAAGGUGUGUGAGACUGAACUUCAGCGAGUCAGUGCAGAGGUCAUCGGGGUCAUCAGUGGUCAUGUGGUCCACACACCUAUUUUUCCUCUUCACCCUCUUCACACCCGUCACACUUGUUUUAAGUCGUGCUCCGGUGCCGAUGGCUGUGGUGCGUCGAGAGUUGUCAUGUGAGGGUUAUCCUAUCGAACUGCGCUGCCCGGGCACCGAUGUCAUUAUGAUCGAGACCGGCAAUUAUGGCCGCACAGAUGACAAGAUCUGUGACUCGGACCCCGCUCAGAUGGAGAACACUCACUGCUAUCUGCCAGAUGCCUACAAGAUUAUGGGCCUCAGGUGUAACAACAGAACUCAGUGUGCAGUCGUUGCUGGUCCUGAUGUUUUCCCCGACCCGUGUCCUGGAACGUACAAAUACCUUGAGAUUCAGUACGAGUGUGUGCCGUACAAAGUGGAGCAGAGAGUCUUUCUCUGUCCAGGUGUACUGAGAGGUGUUUACCAAAGCGAACACCUGUUCGAGUCAGACCACCAGUCUGGAUCAUGGUGCAAAGACCCCCUACAGUCAUCCAAUAAGAUUUACUACAUGCCCUGGACACCGUACCGUACAGAUACACUGACUGAGUACUCAUCUAAAGAGGAGUUUAUUGCGGGUCGCCCCACCACCACAUACAAGCUACCGCAUCGGGUGGACGGCACGGGGUUUGUGGUGUUUGACGGUGCACUUUUCUUUAACAAGGAGCGUACACGCAACAUCGUUAAAUUUGACCUGCGAACUCGCUUCAAGAGCGGCGAGGCGAUCAUCGCCAACGCCAACUACCACGACACCUCGCCGUAUCGCUGGGGCGGGAAAUCUGACAUCGAUCUAGCAGUAGAUGAAAACGGACUCUGGGUGAUUUACGCUAACGAGCAGAACAAUGGACGAAUUGUAGUGAGUCAGCUCAACCCAUACACACUGCGAGUGGAGGGGUCAUGGGACACGACCUACGAUAAGCGUUCGGCUUCCAACGCGUUCAUGAUCUGCGGAAUCCUCUAUGUAGUGAAGAGCGUUUAUGAAGAUGAUGAUAACGAAGCGCUGGGGAAUAAAAUCGACUACAUGUACAACACCGACAAGAGUCGUGAAACGCACCUCAGCAUUCCCUUCCCAAAUUCCUACCAAUACAUCGCAGCGGUGGACUACAACCCCCGAGACAAUUUGCUCUACGUGUGGAACAACUAUCAUGUUGUCAUAUAUUCUCUCGACUUUGGCAACAACGACAACAGGCUGGGCUUUGAUCCUUCUUCAGUCCUGCUGCCUGAUGCGCUUCCUCCAGUACGGAGUUCAACGACUCAUCCUCGUCCAUAUACGGGCACGCUCCGCCCCUCUCUUACUACUACCACGACGACCACCAUGGCUCCGCCCCGCCGACAUAACAACAUCCUCCCAGAAGCCUUGACACGGUCACCUCCCUCCCCGCAGACUCCGGUUACUGUUGACUAUUGCUCUCCACGUCUCACUGCCGAAAUCUCCUGGCCACGGACGCACCAGGGACACGUUGCUAAGCAACCAUGCCCACCUGGCACCAUAGGUGUAGCCACAUUUAACUGUUUGCUCGGCUACUGGGAUCCAAAGGGACCCGAUCUGAGUAACUGCACCUCACCGUGGACCAAUCACAUCACUCAGAGAUUGAGAUCGGGCGAGACUGCUGCCAUAGUAGCGCUGGAGUUGGCUGAACAGACAAAGGGAGAGUUGCGACCCGGAGAUGUUCCCUCUACAGUCAAAGCCAUGGCACAGCUGGUGGAGUUACUGGACGUACAGCUGCGCAAUCUCACCCCAGGCGGAAAAGACACCGCGGCACGUAGUUUAAACAAGCUCCAGAAGAGAGAGAGAUCAUGCCGUUACUUCAUACAGGCAAUGGUAGAGACGGUGAAUAACCUGCUGCAGUUGCGAUCUCAGGCAGCGUGGAGAGAGCUGUCCGUGGCCGAGCAGCUGCGAUGUGCAACAAUGCUCCUAGACACAGUGGAGACAGGAGCCUUCAUGCUCGCUGACAACCUCCUCAAAACAGACACCAUACAAGAGAGUACUGACAACAUCCAGCUCGAGGUGGCACGUCUUAGUACAGAUGGCAGUCUGGCUGAUCUAAGCUUUCCUCAAUCUGGACUAACCGGAAACUCCAUCCUUCUCUCAGCCAACACACUCAAACAACAAGGACGCAAUGGUGAGAUCCGCCUGGCACUAGUUCUCUAUAAGAACCUGGGCCAGUACCUGUCCACAGAGAACGCUAGCGUGCGACUGGGCAGCGAAGCGGCCUAUCCAAACUAUUCCCUGAUUGUCAACUCACCUGUUAUUACCGCAGCCAUUAAUAAAGACAGUAACAAGGUCUACCUGUCUGAACCUGUGGUCUUCACUGUCAGACACAUACAGCAAUCGGAAGAGAACUUCAAUCCAAACUGCUCCUUUUGGAGUUAUUCCAAACGCACCAUGACGGGAUACUGGUCCACUCAAGACUGCAGACUACUGGGCACCAAUCGCACACACACCUCCUGUUCCUGCACACAUCUAACCAACUUUGCAGUGCUAAUGGCCCAUGUGGAGGUCAAGAAAGCAGACCAGGUGCAUGAGCUGUUGUUGGAUGUCAUCACGUGGGUGGGGAUCCUGCUGUCUCUGGUCUGUCUGCUCAUAUGCAUCUUCACCUUCUGUUUUUUCCGCGGUCUCCAAAGCGACAGGAACACCAUCCACAAGAACCUCUGCAUCUCACUCUUCAUCGCCGAAACGCUCUUUCUCACCGGCAUCAACCGUGCUGACCAACCUAUUGUGUGCGCUGCGUUUGCGGCCCUGCUGCAUUUCUUCUUCCUGGCUGCGUUUACGUGGAUGUUUCUUGAAGGCGUACAGCUGUACAUCAUGCUGGUGGAAGUGUUCGAGAGCGAGUACUCGCGCACCAAGUACUUCUAUCUCACCGGAUACGGAGUGCCUGCUGUUAUAGUGGCUGUGUCCGCUGCGGUGGACUACCAUAGCUAUGGAACCGAAAGAGUGUGCUGGCUAAGGUUAGAUACAUACUUCAUAUGGAGUUUCAUUGGGCCUGCUACUCUCAUCAUCAUGCUCAAUGUUAUUUUCCUGGGUAUUGCGCUGUAUAAGAUGUUUCACCAUACAGCGAUUCUUAAACCUGACUCUGGUUGCCUGGACAACAUCAAGUCAUGGGUUAUAGGUGCCAUAGCUCUGCUGUGUCUUCUGGGUUUGACCUGGGCGUUUGGGCUGAUGUACAUCAAUGAGAGUACCGUCAUCAUGGCCUACCUCUUCACCAGCUUCAAUUCUCUGCAGGGAAUGUUCAUCUUCAUAUUUCACUGCAUCCUGCAGAAGAAGGUGCGUAAGGAAUACGGCCGGUGUCUCCGAACACACUGCUGCAGUGGAAAGAGUGUGGAAUCAACCAUCUCCACUUCAACAAAGACUAGCACAGCCCGCACACCUGGACGCUAUUCCACCAAUUCACAGAGUCGUAUUCGGAGGAUGUGGAAUGAUACCGUCAGGAAGCAGUCAGAAUCAUCAUUCAUCACGGCUGACCUGAACAGCUCAGCCACACUCAACAGAGGUACCAUGGCUAACCAUCUCAUCUCCAAUGCUCUGUUACGUCCUCAUGGCACUAAUCCCUAUAACACACUACUCGGAGAGUCUGCUGUGUACAAUAACCCUACUGCCAACAUGUUCAACACGCAAGCCUCCUACAGAGAUUCAAAGAGCAUCCUCAAUAACGCACGAGACUCCAGCGUCAUGGAUACGCUGCCUCUUAAUGGUAACCAUGGCAACAGCUACGCCGUGACAGCAGGUGAUUACCUUACCUACAGUUCUCGUGGCAGCGAGCCGCCGACCACGCUUGAGAAAAAGAUCUUGAAAGAGCUGACAGCAAACUACGCUCCGUCAUACCUGAACACUCAAGAGCGACAGGGGAAAGCUCACCAGGGGACCUUAACCAACAAACUCAACAACCACCUGGCCAACGGCGGGGUCACGGGGUCAUCUUCCAUUGCAAAUGAGGACGUCAUGGUGCUCGAUAACCCUGCAGCAUUUCAUCGGCACGACGACGGGGCUGGGCUAAGUCUAGAGCUCAUUAGGGAGGAGUCACAAGCACCGCUCCUCCCACCGAGACCGCCCCCUCCAGAAAACCACGCCCCCUUGCACACGUUCUCAGCCCACCGCCGCCUGCCACAAGAGAACAGCGAGAGCUUCUUCCCACUGCUCCCUAAUGACACACACACGCACUCCUCGCACACGCACACUCCCCGCGCGCACACGCACUCCCCGCCCAGAGACUCACUCUAUACCAGCAUGCCCACGCUUACUGACCUCCCACGCGGCACAGAUGACCUCAUCAACGGUCUCCAUGAUGACGAAGAUGAUGAGGAUGAUGAUGAUGAUGAUGAUGGUGAGGAGGAAGAGGGGAGUGAGCUGCACCUGGCCAACGGCAAAGGGGUUGUCAUGGAGACAGAUGAUGUGUAUUACAAGAGCAUGCCCAACCUCGGCACGCGGAUCCACAUACAGGAACUAGAGAGCUACUACCAGAUGGGUCGGGGGGGCAGUGACGGAUUCAUCGCCCCACCUGAGAAAGAAGACUCGUCGCCCGAGGAACAGCCACCCGACCCCUCACAGCUGGUCACCAGCCUAUAGACACUGACGCAUACACACACAGUCACGCAAGCAUUCUGACUGUGUGUGUGAGAGUGUGACACAAUGCACAAGGCAUGGGAUACACUACCUACUGCACUGAUAGAUCCGUAGAAAGACUGAUUCCAGAUAGCCCCCGAUUUCAGUAAAUACAAGUAUCCUGUACCAAACCGCACCAAAAUCCUGUAACCAGAACUAGGAACCCAUUCCUUCUCUAGAACAAAGACUACCAUGUGUAGGCAGGUCUCGUGGACGUUUUCUCGUGAAUCUCUUUGCAAAUGGAUCUGCUGAAUGAAACUAUUCAGACAUGACUCGCUAGUCAAUUAGGAGACAUGUAUUCCAGUCAGACAGACUUUUUCCUCCCUGGAUCAUUUCCAUAGCUCUCCUUAACCUCCAAAAUGAGCACUACAGAAACCUUCAUCCGAUGGCUCUAAAGCAGAGAUGCCCAAACCAGGGACCGCGGGCCAAAGUUGCUCCAUGAUGACUUUUAAUUCGGCCCGCCUUGACGUAUAUGACAAAUACAAAUAAAAAUAUUAAGAUGCAAAUACAGUAAACACAUCAAAUCAAUCGUUUGAGCACUUGUUGAAGUUGCAGCAAGGAAGUGCUUUGUCACAUAGUUACUGAACUUAACAUGUUGCAAAUGUAUAAGCUUUCUAAACCUGUCAAUUUGGCGUUAUACAGCGUCUCUGUAAGUGAGCGACGUGAUAAAACUACAUCAUUCCUGUUUAUAUUCAACAAAGCUGUAAACAUGGCAACCGCCUGACGGCAAACGCCUUUCAUAUCGUGGCGCUCCCUCAUUAUUCAUAAUGCAGCACAUUUGCAAGGAAGGCAGAAAUAGCUCAAAUUCUUUGUGGACCAGCUGCAUGAUGAAGAGAGAGACACUUAAACACCCGUUACAUCUCUCAUCUCCAUCUCUAGUCCCAUCCAGGGUCGGAAUUGAACGGAGGCUCUGGGCAAAACAAUUUCCCCUGCAAUUUGAUAUAGUUCCAGACGUAUCCAUCACGAUCUUCUUUUGCAUUUCGCUAGACGUUAUUUGUUUCGCGCCGUCCGUUGUUCAGAUGUUGAACAAGAUGGGACAGUUCAUCCAAAAAUGAAAAUUCGCAGAUGAAGAUUUUUUGAAGAAUAGAUCAGCUUUGUUGGUCCUUACAAUGCAAGUAAAUGGUGACUAGGAUAUUGAAGCUCCAGAAAUCACAUAAAGGUAGCAUAAAAGUGAUCCGUAAGACUCCAGUGGUUAAACUCUGAAAGUGAAAGUAAAAGUGGAGAUUUAUAGAGAUUUAGACAUUGGCACGUGCCAUAAAAGGAAAUAUGUGAGUGAGAAAAAAGUUUUUGCCUCAGUCGAAAUGCACAUCAAGCAACGUAGAGAUUAUUGAAAUGUGCCAUUUUAAAAUAGAAUUGUUUAAAUUAAAGUAUUUGACCUAAAAGAAUUCUGUAAGGUUAAACAAUGAGCCGUGAAGGGGGGGAAUCCAAUUUUCAAAAUGAUUUUCAGGCUUUGAGUUUUUUAUAAUGCAACGUUUACUUCCGGCCCAUGGCCCUCAAUCAAGUUGGAUUUUUGGCCCUUCAUUGGAAAAAGUUUGGGCACCUCUGCUCUAAAGGAUUGCUGCGAUGUGCGGAGAGCUUGUAAAUGCCAUUUUAGGGGACUGUGUACUAUAAUGUGACCACCAACACAGACUCUGAACUCUUUGAUCAUACCGAACUGCAUUACCCACAAUUCCUCUAGACUUCUCUAUGAUACUGUGCUGCACACGUUCCUUCUCGUUUAGCACCGAUCUCGUUUCUGAGUGUAAAAUCACACAGGUGCAUCUAACCUUAAAGACUAAGGAAGCAUCUGUUUUUUCAUAGGUUUAUUUUUCAGUAACACUCUCAGUUAUCGAGAGGUAAUGUUCACCAGUUACAACGAAAUGGAGCAAAUUUUCAUGCAAAAUGUACAGAUCCCUGAUGUUGCAUAUGAUCGUAUGCGUUUCAUGUUUUUGACAUAUUUUGCCCCUCGUAUGUGUUUUUGUAGGCUAGACCAAUCCCAUGAUGCUGUGAUGGUCCUUCAUAAAACUAUCCCUUAUACCACACAGCACACACACUUACACGCAUACAUAUCAACAUGCACACACACACACACACACACAAUCUCUCUCUCUCUCUCUUCAUUAUAGCCAAAAAACACUGUUGCAACACUCUUGUUUGAAAGGAUGACCAUUGCUCUCUCUUUUUUCCAAACGCAACACUUUGUCAUUCUAUUUUUCACUGUGUUGAUUAUAUCCAAGAGACUCUGGGGAACCGACUGUUGUGUGAUGGACGGCUAUUGCAGAUAGGAUCCCAUAGCCGUCCGAGAUACAGGCAUGUUGUAAUGUCAUCAAUUCUAGAGCGCUUACCCUUGAACACAUCACCAUGCGUGUUUAAGAGCAGAAAUUGGUUGAAGAACGACGACCAUUCCAAUCAAAUGAGUCGGUUGGAUCUCAUUGUAACCAGGCUAAAAUUGUUCUCGGAGGGGGGGGGGGCUAUUAUUGUGAAGAUUUCACACACCAAGUCUGUUUUUAAGUUUAACAGUUUUCUUUAUAUAUAUACAUAUAAAUAAAUAAAAUAAAAAAAUAAAAAAAGCAAAAAUCGAAAUUUGCCCCCAUUCACUUCCAUUGUAAGUGUCUCACUGUAAUCUCGAUUUUUGCUUUUUUUUUUUAAGAAAAGGAGGGACGAGUCGAAAUUCAUUAUUAUGCCACAAAUGCUGUCGACUGAGCUUAACGUGUGUCGUACCCUGAAUAUUCCUUGAAAUGAAUUCACUGGAGAAAUCAUGAUUUCAAAUCAUGCAGUCCAGAUGAAGCAUGUGUAAACCAAUGAAGUAGCCCCGUAAAUGACCUACAGACUAGGAUACAUGGAACCUUAAACGGAGUGCUUUCCAACAUGGCAACAGCCUUGUAAAGGUCGGUUUCUAAAAAACUACUGUUUACUUGUUCUCAGACUGAGACUUCCUGUAGCUUGCACAUCUUUCCCUUGUUAACCCACCCCGAGAUUAUGGACUGCAUAUUUAUUCCUGUGACUCUGUUGUUUUUUAUUCUUUAUUUUUCAACAGAUCAGAAAUGUAGGAUCUUGGAGAGGGUCUGAAACGAAUCGGAAUCGGCACUGAGACCUUUUUCUAUUGUUAUUAUCAUCAAUAUUAUUAUUAUUACAAUAUCAGUGAAAUUAUUAUUUAUUCUUUUCAUAUGCAUUCCGAACUGAAUGAACUCAUAACUAAUAUUUGUUGUAACAGUGAAAGUUGUUUGCCAACAAAUAAAAUGACUGAAUUAAUAUUUACAAUAUUUC